AUGGUGCGAUUGACGCCGUUGCGCCUUCUACUGUGCGCUGCUGUGGCGCUGUGCACCUUCUUCUUCUCGUCUUUCAUCCCUUGCCUCCUUCGCCGCGAACGCGGCUAUGACACAUUCCACGAGCGUCCCUCUGCGCGAUUCCGACCAGUACCAAACGUACACUUUGGCGAGGAAUGCUCCCCAUUCACCGCCGGCGUUCUGGACGAUGUCACCCUGGUGCUCAAGAUUGGCGCGGGAGAAGCGGUGACAAGGCUGCCUGCCUACCUGAAACAACGGGGAAGGUGCAAGCAGGACCUGCUCAUCUUCUCCGAUCGUAAAGACAACUACAACGGCUUCGAGAUAGCCGAUGCCCUUGCCCACCUGCCCGCCGAAUACAGGUCCAACAACCCGGACUUCGAUGUAUACGACCGCAUCCAAGCUGCGGACGGCCCCGAGACCGUGCCGAACAAAUCGGACGAUGGCUGGAGGCUGGACAAGUACAAGUUCCUGCCCAUGGUGGAAUGGACGGCAUACAAGCGGCCCAAGUCGCAAUGGUACAUCUUUAUAGAGCUGGAUACCUACGCCAACUACGACAAUUUGUACCGUUUUCUGGCUUCCUUCAGUCCAAAAUCUGCCUACUACUUUGGCUCUCCAGUCUGGCCCGAGAAAGGAACCGUGUUCGCCCAUGGUGGAACCGGUUUUAUACUAUCGCGCGCCGCAAUGGACAAGAUCAUCGCUCUUGGCAGGACGUUCGGCGAGGACAAGCACAUUCCCGGCACCCAUUUCUUUGGUGUGGACAUGAAAAAGCAGUGCUGUGGCGACGAGACGCUGGCGCAGGUGCUGAAGAAAAGUGGCGUGCCACUCCGAGGCUACUGGCCCAUGUUCAACGGCGAGAAGCCCUCUACCGUUCGCUUUGAUAAGGAGCAGUGGUGCGAGGCCAUCAUCACCAUGCACCACCUUCAAGAAGACGAUUUCACGAGUUUAUCACAAUGGGAGUCAGCACGAUUGAAUCCCAACAAACCAUUGACGUUUGAAGAGCUCUUCACCAUGAUUGAGCCGCAUCUGCAAGAGAAAGCCGCAGACUGGUCGAACCUGUCCGAGGACGUCUUUUAUACUAGUAUUGAAUCGUUCGACAAUUGCUACAAGGCUUGCCUGAAAGACGGAAGUUGCAUGCAGUUCGAGCAUUCCGGGACAGAGUGCCGGCUGGGGUACUCUGUACGACUUGGCCAUCACCAGCUACCCACAGACGAACGGAAAUGGACGUCAGGGUGGAUGUUAGGUCGAAUAAAAACUUUCAAGCAAGCUCACUCGCCAUGUCACGGCGCACAUUUUGUCCACGCAAACCCAUGA